AUGGAGAUUGUAGACGAUGAUGAUGUGGAGUUUUUUAUGGUUGUAGCAAGAAGUUCACAAGAUGAGUGGGCACAUCCACAAAGUUUUCAAGAGUUUGGAGGGAAUUAUGGUGUUAAUGAUGAUAAUGACGAGAACAUGGAUGAGGAUUAUGAUGUAGAAGACGCUGGCAGAAGUCAAAGUCAUCCUUGCUACAAUGAGGCUGAAUGUAGCACAAGACGUCAUAACUUUAUGAAUAUUGGAGCAUAUUCAAGUAACAUCCAUAAUCCAAAUCCAUUUGAAUGGGUUCCUGAGCCUGCUGUUGAUGUUGAGAAUACAGGUAUUACUAACCGGGCAACACAAAGGGGCAAUUGUUUGCAAAUAAUGGGUUUUUAUAACUCCAAGGCUGAAUUGAGAGCACUAUUUCGAACGUAUGCCUUGGAGACAGGAAUUCAGUGGAAGGUUGGUCACUCCGAUAACAUACGGUACGAGCUUAAGUGCAUACACCCACAAUGUAAAUGGUGGGCACGAGCGACGAGAGAGCAAGACGGAUACUAUUGGGUCUUACGACGUAUGGAUGAGACCUACACUUGUCCGCGAGAUCAAAUAUUGCCACAUCACAGACAAGCAGGUGCCGAAUCGUUAGGUAACAUACUUAAGUCCAUGUUCGUGGUUGAUCGUAUUUAUCGACCAAAGAAAAUUAUUUCAGACAUGGCAGAUAGGUAUCGGAUUGACAUAUCGUACACGCAAGCAUGGCGUGCCAAAACAUAUGCAAUAAAUGCAUUACGAGGAUCUCCGGAAGAGUAUUUCGGUAUAUUACGUGAGUACUGUCAUAAUUUGGAGCUUAAGAACCCAGGAACUAUGACACGUAUUGAUGUCGAUCUGCAAAAUAGGUUCAAGUUUUUUUUCAUGUGUAUGGGGUGUUCUAUACGAGGGUUCCAACAAUUCUGUCGUCCGGUGAUAUGCAUUGAUGUUUCACACUUAAAAGGAAAGUAUAUUGGGUCUCUUUUCAUUGCUGUUGCCAAGGACGGUAAUAAUCAAAUUUACCCACUUGCAUUCGGUAUUGGGCACAAAGAGGGACUAGAUACAUGGACACCGUUUUUGACAUACCUUCACAUGUGCAUUGGUGAUUUGCCGGAUUUGGCUAUUAUUUCUGAUCGUCAUCAUUCAAUAAUUGCGGCGGUUGUGAACGUAAUGCCUCACGCUCGUCAUGGGUUUUGUAAUUUCCAUAUCAAGGCAUAUCGUCUCACAGACUUUCAAGCCGCUAUGAAUAGAAUUGCUAGAGUAAAUCUCGCUGCAGCAACCUAUUUGACUCACAUUGGGUAUGACAGAUGGGCACGUGUGCACUUUGGAGGAUGGCGGUACAAUAUUAUGACAACCAAUAUUGCUGAGUCCUUCAAUGCUUUAACACGGACUGCUCGCGCUUUGCCUAUCACUAUAUUGGUAGAGUUUCUUCGAAGCACGCUACAACAUUGGUUUUUCAAUAGGCGAAACAUGGCUGGUAAGAGAUCUCACCCGUUAACACCAUGGGCUGAGGACAAGCUUGCUCGGCAUGUGUUCAAAUCUGCCAACAUGAUUGUUAAACCAAUCAACAUGCAACAAUACGAAGUUCAUGACUCACGCCAACAAGUUUUCUUCGUGAAUCUUCUAUAUUGA